GCAGAAGCGAUGAUGUAGUUUGGAGCUGAGCUGGUAGCAGAGAGGCGGUCAGUUUGGUAUGAGAUAUCGACCUCCAGUAAUGACAGGCGGCAAUGCGGCCGUGGCUUGUUGCUCCCUCUUGUUCUGGGCUAUCGCGUGUAUUGUAGCUGCGCCCCAGAUGACGGCUGAAUCAUAUCGUGUUGGAACCGCUGUAGGAAAAAGUGAACCUCGCUCUUCCAAGAGCGCUCUUAACGGCAGUGAAAGUGCAUUUAAUCUGCUGCUUAUAGGAGGGACCAGUGCUGUUGUGGAGUGUCAUAGUGUGCUGCAGCUGAAUGGAUCCCAGUGGUGUUCAUUUGUGAAAACAACAGAAGACUGCAAACUGGACAGUGGCUUUAUUGACUACCUCCAGGGGGCCAUCUGUGGGUUUCGCCACAACCUGCUACCAUUGGCUGUUUUUUUGUUACCAGAAGGAGCGGUGCUCAAAGAUGGAGUGGUGUUCAUUGGGGAAAUGAGCGCUCAGGCGAACGGCAACUGGACGUGUGAAGCCACCAACGCAAUUGGGACAGGAGUGGGCCGAUUGGAAGUUUUGCUGAGACCGAGCGAUGCAG